UCCGUUAACAAUUAAGCUAAAGCUUCAAGGUAGUCAAAGUUAAGUUUUUUCCAACUUGCAAAAAAUGGAAAAAUACCUCAUUCUCUUAUCUCUGGUAUCAGUGGGCCUAGUAAAUGCAGCACCUGCAGCAAAUCAAACUUUCUAUAACUACGCGUAUGCAGUAGAUUUAUCAGGAGCAGUACCUUACAAUAUAUUUACUUGCAUUAAAUCAAAUGGAUAUAGCGUCGUAUUUAUAAGGGUCUACGAUCCUUCCGGUGUGGGCAUGUUCGAUGCUAAUGCUGUCAACAACAUUCGCAGUGCUUAUCAAGCUGGUCUUGGAACAGAAGUUACCUCACCUGUUAACUGGGGACCAAACACCCAAGAAAACAUUAACUUCCUCAACGACAUAAUUAUGGCAGCUAAUUCCUAUGGUAUUGCCGUCGGUAUUUAUACGAACGCCUAUGAUUGGGAUCAGAUCACAAAAGGAGCCAAUAUAGGGAAUGCCAUGCUAUGGUACUGGAGUGUUUACGGUGCAGGACCAAGAGGUGAAACUCCAGCGAAUUUCGAUGAUUUCCGCCCAUUUGCCAGCUUUUACAGACCAACGGUGAAACAGUUUGCACAAAAGGAGAAUGUGUGCGGUAUAGUAGUCAACAGAGAUGCUUAUACCAUGAAUGCAGCGAAGUAUGGAAAUAAAGUGCUACAGAGAACGGAUGGAAAGAUAGUGGUUGGCCUUCUUGGAAACACUAUGGGAUUUGUACAAAGUGUAUAAACAAACAUUGUAUAUAAAUGGAGCAAGUAAUAAAUCUAAUAAAAUGUCU